AUGUCUAUAUCCAUCCAUCCAUCCAUCGUCUACCGCUUUUCCGGGGUGGUGGAGGGAGGGACUCUUCUUCCUCUGGGCUCAUCAUAUCGCAGGAAGCGUCUACGCUCUGCAGGAGAAGAUGACGAGAAGGCGACAGGCUGCGCGUCACGGCCGAACCCUGAAGGCUCACUGUCGGCCAACGAGCUGAGCCGCUACAGCAAGCCAGAAGAAGAGGAGGAGCAGGAAGAGGAGGAGGAGCUGCAGAGACUGUGUCGGCGCUGCCACAUCAUGGCGUCACAGCUGAACAGACAAGCAGCUGCUUUGACCGACAACGUGGCUCUGAAGGACCUGGCCUACGCCUCCCUCCUCUUUGAGAAGCUGCAGCGGCUCCAGUGUCCUGGCGGGGGCCGUCAUGCUUCUGCCCGCUGUGACGUCUGCGGAGCAUCCUUCCACCAGCUGAGGCGCCUCACUCUGCGUCGGGCUCUGGGCAUCAGCAGAACCCCUCGGCCCGGUGUACCCACCGCCGCCUCCCGUCCCCCCUCAGAUGAGCUGCCCGUGAAGCAGCUGAGGUGGUCGUAUGAGGAGCAGCGGGGGGGCGGGGCUCUGCGGGGGUGGGGCGGAGUUCAGAGCACCUACCUGGGAGGGGGCGGAGCCAAAGGUCUGGCCAUUGUCACGCCCCUCCCCCUGAGCGCGCAGCACCACCUGGAGGGCGUGUGGAGGGUCUCCUGCUCGCCGGAUCACCUGCACACUACGGCUGCGACUCCAGACGGCGGGAAGACUUGGACUCGGAACGAGAAACCUGCAGCUCACAGCAUCGCCACCCAAACCAACCAACCUCCGUCUGCUGCAGCCGCCUUCUUCCUCCGGGCGGCUCAGAAGCUCAGUCUGUCCCGCAGGAGGAAGUGCGAGCCGGGCCCCCCCCCCUCCCCCGGAGAGGCCCCGGGGCCCCUGCUGUACACCGGGGGCUUCAGUGGGGCCCUGCAGCUCUCCCCGCCCGCCGUCCCACCAUGCCUCUUCCGGGCCGGCUCGAAGGUCAAGGACACGCCAGGAAUGGGGAAGGUCCGGGUGAUGGUCCGGAUCUGUUCAGUCCACAGCAGCGAGUCCUCAGAGUCCAUGUCCCUCCUCAAAGUGGACGGCAGGAAGAAGCUGCUGACUCUCUGCGAGACGCCGGCCGGAGGACAAACCGCCGCCCAGAGACGAUCCUCCGCCGCCGCCCCAAAGACCUUCACCUUCGACGCCAUCUUCUCCCAGGAUGCUUCACAGGCCGAGGUGUGUUCGGGGACGGUGGCUGAGGUCAUCCAGUCAGUGGUGAACGGAGCAGACGGCUGCAUCUUCUGUUUCGGACACGCUAACCUGGGUAAGACGUACACCAUGAUUGGUCGGGACUGCUCCACCCAGAGUCUGGGCGUGGCUCCGACAGCCAUCUCGUGGCUCUUUAAGGUGAUCGAGGAGCGGAGGGAGAAGGCUGGAGCUCGUUUCUCUGUCAGAGCAUCCGCCGUGGAGAUCUCCGGCCGGGAGGAGACGCUGACCGACCUCCUGGCUGAACUCGCCUCCUCCUCAGCGGGGGGCCACCAGGAGGCCCCGGGCCCCGCGGUGUCACUGCGAGAAGACCCACUGUGUGGAUCCCAGCUGCAGAACCAGACGGAGCUGCGGGCGACCAAUGCCGAGCGAGCGGCGUUUUUCCUGGACGCCGCCGUGGCAGCGAGGAGGAGCAGCCAGGCGUUGAGCGACCAGGAGGCCCGGAGGAACUCGCACUUCCUGUUCACCCUGCACCUGAGCCAGGAGAGGCAGGACAAGAGCAACAUGGCAGCAGGUGUGUUGUGUGGUCGGAGUCGUCUCCACCUCCUGGAUUUGGGAAGCUGUGAGACGGACAUCAGCAGGACGAGAGAGGGGGGCGGAGGUCAGUGUCUGUCUCUGUCUGCUCUGGGAAACGUCAUCCUCGCCCUCGCCAACGGGGCCAAGCACGUUCCCUACAGGGACAGUAAGCUCACCAUGCUUCUCAGCGAAUCCCUCGGCAACAUCAACUGUCGAACCACCAUGAUCGCCCACAUUUCCGACUCCCCGGCGAACUACAUGGAGACGCUGACUACAGUGCAGCUGGCCUCCCGCAUCCAGCGCAUGAGGAAGAAGAAGUCAAAGUAUGCCUCCAGCUCAUCCGGAGGGGACAGUUCCUGUGAGGAAGGCCCGUCCCAUCGACCUCCUCAUCCUCGACCCUUCCACCCAAAAAUCGUGGCCCUCGAUCCGGACACGCACCUGCUGCUCUCCAGCGACCCCGACUACUCCUCCAGCAGCGAACACUCCUGCGAUACCGUCAUCUACGUCGGGCCCGGAGGGGCGGCCCUCUCGGACCGAGAGCUGAGCGACAACGAGGCACCACCUUCCUUUGUGCCUAUCAUCCCCUCCCUGAACAAAAAACGAGUCAAAGAUGCACCCAGGGUUGAAGGAGAUCACUUAAAGUGUAACACGUUUGCAGAGCUGCAGGAGAGACUCGACUGCAUCGACGGCAGCGAGGGUCUGGCCCCAUUCAGCUCAGAGGCCAAAGCAGAACAAUCAGAACAAGCAGCAGCAGCGCUUGGGACUCAAACUGGAGCUAAACCCACAGAGGCAACGUCGCCACCAAAAUCUGAUAUGGUUUCCUCCUACGGGUUCUCAGAAAGCACACCAACCACAUGCACAAAUAAACCUGAUCAGGAGCAAGCUAAAUUUCCUUCAGCCGGUCACCUCAUGGACACUUCCAAAAGGACGAGUGCAGAUGGGGAGAAACUUUCAGACAGCCCCUUUCAGCCAUGUGUGGUAAAACAAGGUGGGGCUUUUCCCCAGGACGCAGAGCCUGUGGUGCGAGAGAAGGUCUACCUCAGAGGAGGUGUACCCAAGCCGUCAGCCUCUCCGUCUAUACCCAGGACAUACAGGGAAGCAUCUCAGCCUGGGGAGGUUGUAGGUAGGACUCCCCCAGUGGGUAUGAGUCAACAAGCACUGAGGCAAGGCCAACCGCUGGGGUCCCAUAGUAUGGAAAGGGCCCACAACCUUCGGGCUGCUCUGUUAGGAAGAUGCCUUGACAGGGAUAUUCUGAGGACUACCAUUACACUGCAGCAGCCUAUAGAGCUGAACGGGGAGGAUGAGGUCGUGUUCACGGUCGUAGAGGAGCUUCCUCUUGGCCUUGUCCCAGACAAUGGCCGCCCCUCCAACCUCCUCAGGUUCAACAGUGACUGCUCUCUGCAGGCCUUAGCCUCGGGCUCUCGUCCUGUAAGCAUCAUCAGCAGUAUUAACGACGAGUAUGAUGCGUACACAUGUCAACAAGGAGCUGUGGGACCUGUAGCUGAUGUUGGCACCGAAGGCCAGGAAGUAUUGUUUUCCCAACGUGGCAACAAGCAGUCACCUGUUGAUGCGUGGCCAAGUGAAGUGAGUGCUGAUUCAGUUGAAAGUGAAGGCACUCGUUCAACAAGCAGCCUUUACUUAAGGGACAAAAAAAUCAUAGCUUCAGAGAAUGUUUCCUUGCUAACCUCGCCAAGUACAUUUCAUAAACAGCCAUUUUUGCAGCACGGCAUCAAGAGCUCCCUAAAUGACAGCGGCUUCUGUUUCUCAGAGCUGGACAAUGACUCUGCUACUCCAAAUAAACCAUCUUUUACAAAGUGCCCUCCAUCCCCUGACUUAACCAAAGCCUCUCGCAAGGUGAGAGCCAGUACUCUGAACAGUUCAGUGUCAGUGCAGAUUCCUCAUCACGCUCAUUCCAGUCUUCCCAGGAAAAACAAGCCUACCUCAUCUGCAACUGUGGGCUGCAGCAGACAGGAAGGAAGACUUGAUGACUUUUUGCUUCAGGGAAGCAGGCAGUUUGAGCCAAGAGAGGUUGAGUUUCUCUCUGCAGGUAAGCCACCAAGAUGUGGCAUGAGUAGUGUUUCCUCUAGGAGGCCAGGAGGGAACAGAAGCAGUGUUCCUCACACACCAAAGGCUCAAAUGUCAUCUUCAGCUCAGAGGGUUGUGGACGGUUGUGAGAAGUCCAGCAGCAGGAGAGGAGAUACUCUCAUCAAGCUGCCACGACUCACCCGAGGUGCAACCUCUCUAGGAACUGUUUCAGUUCCCCAGACUUCUGAAGCGAAAUUGGGUCAUGAGGGCACUUCAGUGACGGGUACACUGAGGUUUUUAUCCUUAGGAAAAAAGUCAAAUGGGCAUAAAAGCAACGCUAUCUCCAAGUCUGGCUCUGGAAACAUCUCAUCUCCUGCGCCACCUGUCCGACAGUCAAGCCAAGAACAAAAGACAAGGUCUGCGCUUUCUCCAAGUGCCUUAAAAACAAGCUGUGACAUUGGAAAGUCCUCAUUCCCUAAAACAUCAACCCUGGAGGAAGAAUUCAACAUCAGGCUCCGUGCAGAAUCAUUCAGCCACGGGAGUUUAAAAACUGAAAAUGGCACUGCCAUAACAUCUUCGAGCCUAAAGACACGAGGGGCCAAGGCAGAGUCUUCCAGGUACUACGGGAGUCUGAUGUCUCUAGAGAGAUGUGAAAGUCAAACCUUUGCUGGGUCCAAGCCUGAACUGUCCAGGGAGAAUAGCAGUGCUGCUUUAGGAGGUAACAGCAGAUCCAACAGAGCAGUGCCAAGACUUGGGGUUCCAGCCUCCACCUCCACAUCUGAUUAUUUUUCCCAAGAUCCUUGCGUCUUUGCUACUACAAGAAAACUGGGGCAGGUCAAAGGCAGCAUCAGCUCUCGAGCAGCAGUUUCUGGUGGAUCAAAGGUUCAAACUCUAUCUGCGAACAGUUCCAAGAGCCUGAACUCCUCCCCUAAACCUCUUGAUAAUGCAGCUGGAUGCAACACCACCCUGCCUCCAUCUGGUAAGUCCCCAGCUCGGUCGGGGGCAGUAGCCAAGGCAGGAAGAGGCACCAUCAUGGGCACAAAGCAGGCCAUCAGUAGGGCUGCUAACAGCCGGGUUAGCGAGCUGGCCACUGGUAGUCAAAGGAAGCAGCUCAGCAGGGAGCCCGGAGUAACAGGAAGUGAUGCCACUGACAGCGGGAUUAGUAGUAUCAGCGGGUCGCCAAACAACACGGCAAUACCAUCACCUUACAGCAAGAUCACUGCGCCUCGAAGGCCGCAGCGCUACAGCAGUGGGCACGGCAGCGACAACAGCAGCAUCCUCAGCGGGGAGCUGCCACCCGCCAUGGGCCGCACUGCCCUGUUUUACCACAGCGGGGGGAGCAGCGGCUACGAGAGUAUGAUCCGGGACAGCGAGACCACCGGCAGCACCUCUUCAGCGCACGACUCCAUGAGCGAAAGUGGAGUGUCCUCGUAUAAUAGAAGCAGAGUUUCUAAAUCGCCCAAGAAGAGAGGAAAUGGUUUCCUACGGCGACGUCUGAUCCCAGCUCCGCUCCCCGACACCUCCUCUCUGGGCAGGAAGGUGGGGGGUCAGUGGGUGGAGCUGCCCCCGCUGGGCGGCACCCUGAAGGAGCCCUUUGAGAUCAAGGUGUACGAGAUCGACGACGUGGAACGCCUGCAGAGGAGGGAGGUGGGGACGGGGUCCGAGACGUUCCAUGAUGUGGAAAAGGGGCUGCUCUACUUCAACACCCGGCUGAGGAUGCUGGAGAAGCGGCAGCAGCAGAUCAGAGAACUGAAGAGCAAACACGAGAGGCUGAAGGUGGAGCUGGAGGAGGCCAAGAGCCGGCUGAUGCUCCACCCGGGCAAGUGGAGCGGAGAGUGUGAGUACAGUCCCGUGUGAGAUCUGUGAAAUACGACGAUGCAAAAGGUUCAUAAUGUUCUCACUGCAACAAUCAUUCUGUGUGACUGAUAAACUACAGCCCAGAGGGAUCGUAUUAUAUUAUGUCUCUGUCAGAGGGAAAAA